GCAUCCAAAUAUUAGGUCUCAUAUCGGGUGGAUUGAAAACUGAACCCAGCUGAGUCAGGGCUCUUAUCUUUGUGAAUACAAAUAUACUAUUGUGAUCAUUCACCAUGCACAGAGGCUUUCACCCCAAAUAGCAGGCUGAGGACUAGUGAGCAUCAAGGUCAAGGUCCAGGAUGAAACAUUGAAAAUCCAAGAGUACAUCAAGAAAAUGCCCCCAAAGGAUGAGGUGCUAAGAGAAUGUCUCAGACAACAGAAACUCAAUGAGCGUGCAGAGGAAGAGGAGCAGACAACCUGGAGGGACAAGCCCCUACACGCCAUGAAGCGUCAAACUGAAGACGUGGCUGAUAUCAAGAACACCUACCAAUGACUGGAAAAUACUGGACUGACUGACAGCACAGAGACACUGAUAAUGGCAGCACAAGUACAGGCCCUAAGUACUAGAGUCAUAGAGGCCAAGAUCUACCAGAGUAGACCAGACCCAAGGGUCAGACUAUACAAAGAUGGUCCUGAGACAGUCCAGCACAUAGUAGCAGCGGUGUAAGACGCUAGCCAGGUCAGGAUACAGGGAGAGGGACAACCAAGUGGCUGGCGUACAAGAACAUUUGUACCCAGUGUGGAAUAGAAUGGGCUAUACCACAGAAAGUGGUGGAGAAAAUCAGGGCCAAGGUUCUCGGGUACUUCAGCUUCCAGACUGACAAACAGGUCCUGGCUUACCAACCAGACAUAGACUAAGUAGUUAGACUGAAAAGUAACUAAUUUAUGUGUUUCAUUUGGGUGCCAGUGAAUUUAGCUUAUUCCCCUUAGCUCUACUGCUACGCCAACGCUACACGUGACAUCACGUCGUUUCUUUGAGGGUACAAUAUUAUUUGUAUUAAAUUCAAAACAGAUGAUUUUAUUUACACUUAUGAUUUAGGGUAUGCAUGUGUAAAAAUAUGAAUUCUUUAAUUAUCCAUUGUAAUAAUUAUGGAUGCGUGUUGUAACAAUCCCUUCGUCGGAAUCGCGCUGACUGCAGAGCAUGACGCUACGCUCAUUACGAGACGCACCUGUGAGAGUAUAAUGGGAGCGCUCACUUCAUCAGUUUUGGGUUGGACGAAGCAGCGAUCGCUCGGUAGCUCCACACACUGUGGUUAGAGAAAAGUCGAGCUCGUGUAAGCCCUUGUCGAUUUCUUACCGUGGUUAUGACUUCUGACUGACAGACUCACAUUGACUGAGAGAACUCUAAAGGUGCCAGCUAGUUUCCGGCCGGCGGCCAUGUUGGUGGAACGUUCAAAGGAUUUCGGAAGAACCUGGAAAGUUUUUCGUUACUUUGCAGAAGAUUGUUCACUUUAUUUCCCUCUGGUGUCAGAUAAACCGGCCGACAGCAUCGAUGACGUGGUCUGUGACAGCAGAUACUCUGGAUCAGAACCAUCCACCGAUGGAGAGGUUGUGCUUAAAGCUCUGGACCCUAUCUUUGAAAUAGAAAACCCCUACGCUCCCAACAUCCAAGAUCUGAUCACUUUGACUAAUAUUCGGGUGAACUUCACUGAUCUCUUCACACUCGGCGACACUCUACUGAGUCGGAGACGCAGGAACCCUCAGGAUAAAUAUUACUACUCUCUGUACAACAUGGUGGUCCGAGGAAGCUGCUUCUGUAACGGACAUGCCAGCAGGUGUACACCUGCACAGGGAGGACGAGGGGACGUCUUCCCAGAGCCUGGCAUGGUUCAUGGUCGAUGUGUUUGUCAGCACAACACAGCAGGAGAGAACUGUGAGAGAUGUCAGGACUUUCAUCACGACUCCCCCUGGAGGCCUGGAGGAGAAAACACAGCCGACAUAUGCAGGAGGUGUAACUGUCAUGGCCACUCAGACUCAUGUCACUUCGAUGCCGCCCAUUAUGACGCAUCUGGCGGCGUCAGCGGUGGCAUUUGUGACGACUGCCGUCAUGACCGGACCGGACCUCAUUGUGAACGGUGUCGACCUUUUUACUACCAGGACCCACAGAGAGCAAAGGACGACCCACAGGCCUGCAGACCUUGUGACUGUGACCCGGCUGGUUCUCGUGAAGCCGGUCCCUGUGACUCGCGGACCGGUCAGUGUGUCUGUAAAGGAAACGUCGAAGGACAACGCUGUGAUCGCUGCAGACCAGGUUUUUUCAGUCUGACCCCAGACAACCCUGACGGUUGCCAAGCGUGCCAGUGCCAUGCCUUGGGAAGUGUGGGGUCAUGUGAUCCGCUGACAGGAAGCUGUGAAUGCGAGCGCUGGGCAUCCGGACUGCACUGUGAUCAGUGUGGGGCAGGUUUCUGGGGUUUAGGAAACUCUUUUCUCAGGUGUACCUCCUGUAACUGUGAUAUCGGCGGAGCUCACGGCACCACGUGUUCUCCAGAGGAUGGACAGUGUCACUGUUUACCCAACAUGAUUGGUCGGCGGUGCACUGACCCCGCCCCUGGUCACUUCCUGCCCUCGCUGAACUACUUCCUGUAUGAGGCAGAGCUCGCCGCCCCACUGGCAGGAGGAGACUCUUCAUCGUCUUCCCUGUUCGCUAAUGGCCGAGGGGUUAGGGAUGGACAGACGCGUCGCCUUGCUCGACAGCGACGACAGGGACAGCAGAGCGUUAUCCCUCUAGACCCAGGUCACGCCCUGCAGCUCAUCCCCCGUCACAGGUCAACUGACCCUCCAGUCACCUGGACGGGCAUGGGAUUGGUGAGAGUGUUGGAGGGUGCAGGGCUUAGAUUCACUGUGGACAACCUCCCCUCUUCAAUGGAAUAUCAGCUGGUGAUCAACUAUGAACCAGAGACUCCAUCUGAUUGGCUGGCUUCAGUCAGUAGCAUCACGCUGUCUCCAGGCGAUGAACACUGCAGCGUCAACCCAGCAGGAAGUACAACCGUGGCUCUUCCUGGACAGUCGAGAAGAGUUUUUCUGGACUCUCCGCUGUGUCUGAAUGCAGGAGGUCGGUACUUUGUGGACAUCGUGUUUCACACACAGACGACAUCUGAUGGAUCCUACAUCCUGAUCGACUCGAUGGGUCUGGUUCCCAGCAUAGUAUCGGGUCAAGACUUCUGCUCCCAAAGCAACUUGGACUCUUUCCGCCGCUUUCACUGUGUUGGAUUGGGCGGCUCCCAGGAGACGGUCCCAGAAGUCUGUGAGGGCCUCAUCAAAAGCCUCGCAGCUCAAAUCCACAAUGGAGCAGUUCCUUGCAGGUGUAAUGUGACUGGUUCUCUCGGACCAGACUGCAGUAAACUGGGCGGGUUCUGUCAGUGUAAGCCCAGUGUGAUUGGUCGUUGCUGUGACAGCUGUGCACCGCUGACAUUUGGCUUCGGACCUGACGGCUGUAAAAGAUGUGAGUGUGACCCACGUGGCUCAGUGUCGGAGCUGUGUGAUCAGAUCAGAGGUCAGUGUGUUUGUCGUUCGGAGGUUACUGGUCGAAGCUGUGACCGCUGUCAUCCAGGAACCUGGGGAUUCCCCUUCUGUCGGCCUUGUGAAUGUAAUGGACUGUCUGAGCUGUGUGACCAGGAAACUGGAGAGUGUCUGGAUUGCAGGGACCACACCACUGGACCACACUGUGACAGGUGUGUGGAGGGUUACUAUGGUAACCCCAUCUCCAGACAGCCCUGUCAGCCCUGCCUGUGUCCAGAUGUUCUGAGCAGUGGACGUUUAUUUGCUACGUCCUGUCAACAGGACCCACAGUCACUCAGUCUGACCUGUAACUGUCGGGAGGGUCACACAGGGCCACACUGCGACAGAUGCAGUCCUGGUUUCUAUGGCGACCUUGUGUUGCCGGGUUCCCACUGCAGGAAGUGUCCCUGCAACAGCAACAUCGAUCCUGAUGAUCCCAACGCCUGCGACAGCACCACAGGUCAAUGUCUGCGUUGCCUUCACAAUACCAUGGGACCACAGUGCCAAAACUGCAAAGCUGGUUACUAUGGCAAUGCCCUGGUCCAAGACUGCAAAGAAUGCUCCUGUGACCGACGGGGGACACAAGUAACUCAGUGUCCUCUUGGGGGUCCCUGCUCCUGCAAUCCAAGGACAGGACAGUGUCCCUGCAGAAUGGGGGUAGUGGGAGACCUCUGUGAUGAAUGUGAAGACGGAUACUGGAACCUGGAUGGAGCAUCAGGGUGUCAGCCCUGCAGCUGUGAUCCUGUUAACUCUUUCUCAAACAUCUGCAACAAGGUCACGGGACAGUGUCCAUGCCGUCCUGAGUUUGGAGGAAGACAGUGUGACGAAUGUGGAGAAAAUCAUUUCGGCAAUCCAGACCUGCAGUGUGUGUCUUGUGACUGUAACCUGGAAGGAACUGAACGCCCAUCAUGUGACCCAGAAACAGGAGAGUGUAUCUGUCGGGUUGGAGUUACUGGUAUAUUCUGUGAUGAGUGUGCCACCGGCUAUGACUCAACAUUUCCAGCCUGUAAAGAGUGCCACCCUUGCAACAACCUCUGGACUAAGAACGUCACUGAUGUCCAGCGAGCUGCCCAGAGGAUGAAAACCUUCAUCCCUCGUCACAGUGGCGACCUGCAGCCCACAGACAGUGGCUACCUGCAACGAAUCCUGGAGAUACGCUCUAAGCUGGAUGGCCUCACCAACCUGACUGCACAUUCCACAGCAAUGGUGCCAAACGUGGAGAAAAUUAGUUUGAAAAUCGGGAAGCUGAAAACUUCCAUUGAUCCAAAACUGAUCCUUAUCGAUCCAUCGUCGCUUCUUGACGCUGAAAUCAACAACAUUCAUCUGGAGUUCAAGAAGCUUCUCGACAACCUGAAGAAGAAAGUCAUAAGCGACUCAUUCGACAACGAACAACAGCCACCGGAAGAGCUCCUGCAUGAUAUCCAGAAACUACAUAAAGCUUUCAUGUUGGAUGAGAAGAGGGUGAGAAGUGCCAACAAAGCUGUAGAGGACUCCAUGGACACCAGACAGGAAGUCAAACGCAGACUGAGCAUGUGCAACACCAAAAGAGAUCAGGCACCGCUGGAGAAGAAGGUCAAAGAGCUAAGCGUGGUUAGCCUGACCCAGAAGAUUUGUGGAGGACCAGGUCUGGACGACUGCACCAUAUGUGGUGGAGCUCUUUGUGGUCUGGGAAAAAUUCAGUGUGGUGGUCCAAACUGUGAUGGAGUUUUUCCUGAAAGUGAGAAAGCUUUAGAGACUGCAGAAAGAUUAAAAGACCAACUCAGCACACUCCCCUCAAGACUGGAGGACUCCACAAACAAGAUCAAUGAAGCCAAACAAGCAGCUCAGUACAGCAAAGAUCAGGCCAAAAAGCUGCAGGAGCAGCUCAACAACAACACAAUAUCCUUUGAGAGAGAGAAAAAUAAAACCAAGGAGCUCAUCCAGAGGGUCAAACUCUACCUGACAGAUGACAUGGUUUCUCCAGAGGACGUUGACAGAAUGGCCCAAUUGGUUCUGAACAUUCAGCUGCCACUGUCACCUGAUCAGAUCCGAUCAAUGAUCAGUGACAUCAAUAAUCUGUUGAACAACUCCACCAAAUUCAAGGAAGACCUGGACAAGCUGGAGGAACAAGCCAAGACAGCAGAAUCCCUCCUGAAGAGCGCUCGUGAACUCCAAGCUCGGACGAAGGACAUAGACGGGACCGAGAUCAGCAGGAACAUUUAUGAAGCAGGAGAAGCUCAGGACAAAGCCAACGACAACUUGGAGAUGGCCAGCAGAGACAGAGAUGAAACCAAAGAAAAAGUCCAAGAUACCGAAAACAAACUGGACAACAUUGAGGGGAAGUUGAUGAACUCCUCCGUAGAUCUGCUUAAAGAGAUUGAGGCCGUGAAAAUGAAAACUGAACAGAACAGAGAAAUGGCCAUGGAGGUCCUGAAGGCUGCAGACACUGCUUUAAACAGCACCACGGAUUCACAGACGGAACUAAAUGAUGUGAAGAAGCUGUUUGAGGUGUUGAAGCAGAAACAUUUGAAUCAAACGGUUGAUGGUGAAGCUGCAGAUGAACUGAAGAACACUGUGAAGGAGGCCGAGAACAUGAAAAGACAAGUGGAGGACAAAUUCAGACAGAUACAAGAUAUGGAGCAGAAGAUUCUGCAGCUGCUGCAGAGGAAAAACCAGAAAGCAGCUGAAGUGUCCCAGUUGUUGGAGACUGUGGAUUCACUUCAAAAGAACAUCUCCAUGAAGGCGGAAAGUUACUCCCGCUGUUGACAAUAAACAGAACAUUGUCCUGCAUGUAUGUACUCUUCUGGCUUUUAUUAUUCUGAAAGUUGAGGCUGUAGGACGCUAAGUAACUGUCUGUCUGGAUUUUUAAUCAGAAAAAAUACUGUAAAAAGGUUGUGAUGGGUGAAAAUGAGACUCUGUGAUAACUGAUAACGUCUAUAUGAAAUUUCCCAGUUUGGGAUUAAUAAAACAUCUAUCUAUCCAUCUGUCUAUCUAUCUAUCUAUCUAUCUAUCUAUCUAUCUUGUAACUGAACAUCUAAACACAGAAUCAUGAAGAGGGACAGAAUCUAUCUAUUGAUGUGGUCUUUUCUGUUUAAUAAAUCUCAUGUUACAUUUCCUG